AUGGACGACAAGACAUUUAACAAGGAAUUGGACUCUUGGAUUGAACAGCUAAAUGAGUGUAAACAGCUAUCAGAGAAUCAGGUCAAAGUUCUAUGCGAAAAGGCAAAAGAAAUCCUCACACAGGAAUCUAACGUGCAGGAGGUGAGAUGUCCUGUGACCGUGUGUGGAGAUGUGCAUGGGCAGUUCCAUGACCUGAUGGAGCUUUUUAAAAUUGGAGGCAAAUCUCCUGAUACUAACUACCUCUUCAUGGGAGACUAUGUUGAUCGAGGCUAUUAUUCUGUGGAAACUGUCACACUCUUGGUUUCCCUUAAGGUACGAUUUCGAGAACGGAUCACUAUCCUCAGAGGAAACCAUGAAAGCAGGCAGAUCACACAAGUGUAUGGAUUUUAUGAUGAGUGCCUAAGGAAAUAUGGCAAUGCCAAUGUUUGGAAAUAUUUCACAGACUUAUUUGACUAUUUGCCUCUUACUGCACUGGUGGACAACCAGAUUUUCUGCCUACACGGAGGUCUUUCUCCAUCUAUAGACACCCUUGAGCACAUCAGAGCACUAGAUCGCUUGCAGGAGGUUCCUCAUGAGGGGCCUAUGUGUGACCUAUUAUGGUCAGAUCCGGAUGAUCGUGGGGGCUGGGGUAUCUCACCACGAGGCGCAGGCUACACUUUUGGACAGGACAUCUCUGAGACUUUUAACCACGCAAAUGGCCUGACUCUUGUCUCUAGAGCCCACCAGCUAGUAAUGGAGGGUUAUAACUGGUGCCAUGACCGUAAUGUUGUUACAAUCUUCAGUGCGCCCAACUAUUGUUAUCGCUGUGGGAACCAGGCAGCAAUCAUGGAACUUGACGAUACAUUGAAAUACUCCUUUCUACAGUUUGACCCGGCACCGCGCAGAGGGGAGCCCCACCCGCUGCAGCCUUUCAGGGAAGACUCGUGGACCAUCAGAGCUACAAUCAUGGCAGCAGAGCUAUCUACUACCAUAAACAUCAAUGAGCCGCGGUGGGACCAAAGCACAUUUAUGGGUCGAGCAAAACAUUUUUUCACUGUCACAGACCCAAGGAAUGUCCUUCUCACCAACGAACAACUAACGGAAGCACAUAGUAUAAUAACUGACUACAGGAAAGGCGUUGUGUCCGCGGAGCUGACAGAGGAUGAAUUGUGGAGAGCAAAAUAUAUCUUUGAUUCUGCAUUUCACCCUGACACUGGUGAGAAGAUGAUCCUGAUUGGUCGCAUGUCAGCACAAGUCCCCAUGAACAUGACGAUCACUGGGUGUAUGAUGACAUUUUACAAAACUACUCCAGCUGUUUUGUUCUGGCAGUGGAUCAAUCAGUCGUUCAAUGCUAUUGUCAAUUACACAAACAGAAGCGGAGAUGCUCCGCUCACUGUGAAUCAGCUUGGCACAGCGUAUGUGUCCGCUACAACUGGGGCAGUCGUCACAGCUCUAGGACUGAACGCACUAUCAAAGCAUGUCUCUCCCCUUAUUGGACGGUUUGUUCCCUUCGCUGCUGUUGCUGCUGCUAACUGUAUAAAUAUCCCAUUGAUGAGACAAAGAGAAUUGAAGCAUGGUAUUCCCAUUACAGAUGAAAAUGACAAUAGGUUAGGAGAAUCUACAAAUGCUGCUCAGCAAGCCAUAUCUCAGGUAGUGGUUUCCCGAAUUCUCAUGGCAUCACCAGGAAUGGCCAUUCCACCUUUCCUUAUGAACCACUUAGAAAAAAAGGCAUUCCUGAAGAAGUUCCCAUGGAUGAGUGCACCUAUUCAAGUGAGCCUGGUGGGAUUCUGUUUGGUGUUCGCCACUCCACUCUGUUGUGCACUCUUUCCUCAAAAGAGCUCCAUAUCAGUGACCCGACUUGAGCCUGAGCUACAAGAGAAGAUUCGGGCCAGUCAUCCUGGAGUGGAGAGGGUCUUCUUCAACAAGGGGCUAUGA